UUUCAGGAAUAGGAAUAUUUAAUUUCCCUAUAAAUCUCCCCUGUUUCUCUCUUUAUCCUACACCAAGUGCACGGUACUCCCUCUCAUUUCUUUUCUCUGUUUUCUCUUCUGUGUGUAUCCAUGGACUCAAAAUCUUCUCCAGUUGAAAUGUUCUUCUUCCCCUAUGUUGGAGGAGGCCAUCAAAUCCCCAUGGUUGACAUGGCUAGAAUCUUUGCAUCUCAUGGUGCUAAAUCCACCAUCAUCGCAACCCCAAAACACGCUCUUUCUUUCCAAAAAUCAAUUAGCCGUGACCAAGAAUUGGGCCUCUCAAUCUCCAUCGAGACUCUUCAUUUACCAGACGACACAGACAUAGCAGACACAGACAUGUCCGCUUCACCACGCACUGACACUUCCAUGCUUGAAGAACCGCUCAAAGCACUUCUUGCUGAGCACAGACCAGAUUGCAUCGUUCAUGAUGUGUUUCAUCGUUGGUCUGCCGAUGCAAUCAACGGUCUUGGUAUUCCGAGACUUGUGUUUAAUGGGAAUGGUUGCUUCUCCCGUUGUGUCGCGGAAAAUAUGGGAAAGUAUAAGCCUCAUGAGACGGUGAGUUCUGAUUAUGAGCCUUUUGUUGUUCCUGGUCUUCCUGAUCGAGUUGAACUCACCAAAUCUCAGGUUCCGGUUAUGAUGAGACCGCCUAAUCAAAAUGGGUUUGGUCCUAGAAAGAUGGGAAAGCCUGAAGAGAACAGUUUUGGGGUUGUGGUUAAUAGUUUUUAUGAAUUGGAGCCGGCUUAUGUUGAGUAUUUGAAGAAAGAGAUGGGUAACAAAGCAUGGCUUGUUGGACCAGUUUCUUUAUGUAACAGGAAUGUUGAGGAUAAAGCUGAAAGAGGCAAAAAGGCCACCAUUGAUGAACAGCAAGUUCUUAGUUUUCUUGAUUCAAAAGAAUCCAGUUCGGUUCUUUACAUUAGUUUUGGGAGCUUAGCUCGUUUGGCCCCUGAACAGCUCCUGGAGAUUGCCUACGGACUUGAGGCUUCUAAUCACCCAUUCAUUUGGGCUGUUGGAAAGAUUUUCCGAUCCGCUGGGAAGGAGAAAGAAAAUGAAGAAGCUUGGCUUCCCGAUGGAUUUGAAGAGAGAAUUAGAGAGUCCAAAAGAGGACUAAUUAUAAGAGGAUGGGCACCACAGCUUUUGAUACUAGAACACCCAGCAAUUGGGGGUUUUCUUACACAUUGUGGCUGGAACUCGACACUUGAAGGUGUUUGUGCUGGUCUGCCAAUGAUUACUUGGCCUAUAGCCGCAGAACAGUUUUCGAAUGAGAAAUUGAUUGCCGAUGUGUUGAAGAUUGGUGUGAAAGUUGGGAGCCUGCACUGGGUGUCCUGGAGCACCGAGCCUUGGGCGGCUGUGGGGAGAGACAAAGUGGAGGCAUCGGUGAAAAGGCUGAUGGGUGGCGGUGAGGAGGCGGUGGAAAUGAGGAGAAGAGCGAGGGAGCUCCGAGAAAAGGCCAAGAGAGGUGUUGAAGAAAGUGGCUCAUCUUAUAUGGAUGCUGAUUCUCUGAUUCAAGAGCUCAAAUCUCUCCGGAACCCUUGAGUCUUGAAGUCUAUUUGCUCAAAGACUAACUUUUGGCAUCACAAAAAGUUUGAAUCAUUUGCGCAAAAAGCUUUAUUGCUAUGAAACCUAAUAUUAAUACAUGAAAGAUAAUCUUAUUGAUAAAUGAAGCCACCAACCAUUUAGAGGAUUGAAAGAAACUUUUUCUCAUAUAUGAAACCCAACUCAAUUAAGGUAAGACCAACAUUUCUCGUAUGUUUGGAGACUUGAAGUUACACCUUAAAUAUUUCAUUUCACUUUUAUUGCUAGAGGUUAUCCAAAGCCAAUCAAUUCACAUAUUUUCCCAUUCUCUUGAUCAUGUUGAAACUUGUAUCAUUAAUGAGAAUGAGGAAAAGAUUGCCUUGUCAUUGUCGAUUGUGCUAAAAUAUUUGUAUGGGUAAUGAAAACUAGAAAAUUUGGACAAAAUGGUCCACUAAUUUGAUAUAUGAUGCCAGGGGCGUCUUCUUAUCCA